GGGCCUGUUGCACAAAAGUAGAAUUAAGACAUCCGGGAUAAAUGACUCAGCUGAGCUCAAUGAAGCCAAAACAUGUGCGUCCAGGCUUAAUUGGUUGCACAAAGACCAAGCCAGGAUGAGCAGACACGGAUUCAUUAAGCCAGGUGAAACCAAUCCUGGAUAGGUGCGCGCUCACGGCUCACUCAAAUAGACCCCGCCACAGAUCACAGAUUAACUGAUUUACCAUGGCAACUAGAGCCGCGUACUUUUCCCCGUCGGAAGCACAAAUCCUCAUGGAGGCAUACGAGGAGGUAAAAGAUAUAAUUAAGAAGAAAGGCAACACCGCCACAGUGAUAAAGCAAAGAGAAAAAGCGUGGCAAAGUAUUGCAGACCGCCUGAAUGCGUAAGUAGUGCACAAUUACACACUCACCGCUCCGCUGAAACAUCACAAUUACAAUUCAAAUAUUUAAUUCACAUCUCCAAAAAUGCAGUUGUACUGUAAUUAUGAAACGGUUAAAUUUUUAAUUGAAAUGCACUGCAGAUAUGAGUGAAAUUGUGUAAAGUAACUCCAUCACACUGUUUAAAGCUAUGAUACAUUCUUUGAUAUUUUUACUGAAAACAAGACAAAAAUACCAAGUAUUUUUUUGCAGUGUGACUCCAUUAAAUGUGUGUGUGUGUGUGUGUGUGUGUGUGGAUUAAACAUGAACGGGCCAAAACGGACAUGGCAGCAGGUCAAAAUCAAAUACAAGAACAUUCUGCAGAAUGCAGUGAAAAAGAAUACCCACAGACAAGGCACGGGUGGUGGGUCACCAAAGGCUGACCUUACCCCAGCAGAGGACAUGGCCUUGGAGCUAAAUAAAGGCAGGCCCGUCUUAGAGGGGAUCCCUGGGGGGAAAGAGACGAGCAUAGGUUCCUCCCAAGAUGCCACCCGCUUCAUUCAAGUGCCUGGCAGCACUGUGUUCCUGUUAGAGCCACCAGCACAAGCACCAGACGAUGCUGAUCCAGGUGAAGGCCCCAGUGCAGCAGCAACAGCACAUGAUGGAGACGAUGAUGAGGAGGAGACCAUCUCUCUGGAUUCCAGAAGGCAUGAGGACCCAGAUGCUAUACAGUGGGAAAACCAGCCUGGCAACAUAAGCUCACAAGCUAUCAGAAAGUUGUAUGGCAACCACCUCCGGCGCCAAAUAGAACUGGCAGACAUAGACAUUCAGUACAAGAAGAAAAAGAUAGAAAAUCUUGCACUGGAGUCCGAAAUAAAAAAGAGGACAAUUAGGAAACUGGACCUUGAAAUAAAAAAACUUGCGAGGAGGUGAGAUAUGCCUUCAAUGUACACUGUAUGCUAACUGUAACACAAAUGUAUUAAUCAUUAUUUUUCUUUCCUCCCCCAGCUCCAAGAAGAUGACACAGCUCAAAAUAAAAAAUUAGGUAUAUUCUCGUAAAGUCAAGUGAGCCAUGACAUAUGAGCUCUUAUUGUGAGCACACAGGACGGUGGCAUCUUUCUAAGGUUUUUUUAUUUUCCCAGCAAUCAGUACAACCAAGUCAUCGUUAUAAGGCAUCGCCCUCUUUUGCCCACCCCCCAGCACCAGGUGUGGCCACUAGCCUAUAUGAAGGCCCAAAAUUGUGUGUUCCUUUCUGCUCUGACAAUGGCAUGCCCAUUCGUGCGAGAUGUGGUGGAUGAAGAAGCACUUGUGCUGAGGAGAGCCUUCAGGCGAGAAAGGGUCUUCAGGGACCGGUUGGACCCACUGGCCUUCCCUGAUGACCAUCUAUAUGAAAGAUACAGGUUUUCUGCAGAUGGCAUCAGGUAUCUAUGCAGACUACUGGGUCCCAGGAUUAAGCACCGCACUGCACGGAGCCAUGCACUGAGUGUGGAGCAAAUGGUUUGUGUGGCCUUGCGCUUUUUGCUAGUGGAGCCUUCCUGUACUCAGUGGGGGAUGCAGAACAGCUGAACAAGGCCACAAUUUGCCGCACAAUAAGGAGUGUGUGUCUGGCUAUCAAAGCAUUAGCAGAUGUCUUCAUCUCCUUCCCUGGCCACAGAAGACUCUGUGACAUCAAAGAGGAGUUCUAUAGGAUUGCAGGUAAGAGGAUCUACAAAUUACAGGACAACUGUUAACACAUAGUAGGAUACUCAUUACUUUGUGUGACAGGUUUCCCCAAUGUCAUUGGUGCAGUGGACUGCACACACAUAAGGAUAAAAGCCCCCAGGUGCCCAUGAGGCCGAUUUUGUGAAUAGGAAAUCCUUUCACAGCAUUAAUGUUCAGAUGGUCUGCAAUGCUGACUGUGUGAUCAGCAAUGUUGUGGCAAAAUGGCCUGGCUCAGUCCAUGACUCCAGAAUCUUUCGGGCCUCUGAAAUCUAUCAGUGCCUAUCACAAGGUGAAUUCUCUGGUGUGUUGCUGGGAGACAGGGGGUAUGGCUGCCAGCCUUUUCUCCUGACACCUUUCACAGACCCCCAGGAAGCACAGCAGGCCUACAACCAUGCCCAUGCCAGGACCAGGGCCAGAGUUGAAAUGACCUUUGGCCUCCUGAAGGCACGCUUUCACUGCCUUCACAAAUUAAGGGUCAGCCCUGUUAGGGCAUGUGAUAUUACUGUGGCUUGUGCUGUCCUCCACAAUGUGGCCUGCCUGAGGAAGGAGAGGGCCCCCAGAGUGCCACCAGCCAUGGACUGGGACAAUCCGGCAAUCUUCCCUGAUGACGACAGUGGUCGGCUGCUGAGGGACCAAUAUGUGUUGAAUUAUUUUAGUUAGUAUGUGUGCUUUCAAUUUUGGUUAAAUAUGUCCUGCGGUGGCAGAGGAAUUUGGGUUUUUUUGGGUUCGUUUUUGACGAAUUUGGCCUCUUAUGAUGUUUGUGCGGUAUACUGUGUGUAAUACAAGGCUGCAGGGAGGCUACUGCAUCCAUUCAUUUGUCUGAUCAGUUGAUGUGUAUGGAUUUGUCCUGCAUUUAUUUUAGUGUGCAGACAUGCAGGGUGUGUUAUAUACAGACCUUUGAAUGUGUAUGUAUCAUUUUGUAUAAUAUGCUUGGAUUCUGUGCUUUCCAUCUUGUAGAGUCACUGUGACUUCAGUUUCGAAAGGAGCUGAUGGUUUACCUGCUUUGUUUUGUCCUUAUUCAAUAAAGGAACAUAAUGUUACACAUUGUGUUUUUAUAUUCA